GCUGGAAAGCAUGGUGAUGACUUCUGCUCUCAAGCAAUAUUCCUCUUGCUUGUCCUAAAGGAGAAGUGGGUCCUGAGCCAAGAUGCAGCAGCCAGUGGCUGAUGGCAGGAGCACAGCUGUUCCCUGGAUGUAUCCAUCGCAGUCCAACCGCACUGCUGACUCCUACUCUGUGCACCGCAUCAUCGAGGAUCCCGAGUGGUCCCUUGUCACUGUCCCCCACCUCACUGAACUCUGCCUCCAGCACAUCGUCCAGAAUUUCGAAAAGAACCCUAUUUUGGACCGUCUUCUGCCUGAGCACCAAAAGAAGGUUCUGGACAGGCUCCCCACUGGCCUUCCUCUCGCUGUGACUGCCAACAUAAUAAAUGAUGAGGACUACUGGAAGAGGUGCUGCAUGGAGCGCUGGCAAGUGUGUGACAUUGACAACUAUGGAGGCAGCUGGAAAAGGAUGUUUUUUGAACGUCACCUGGAGAACACCCUAAAAUGUUUCAUCCCUAACAGCACAGAUCCCAAACAGGUCCUAGAACUCAUCCCGCUCUGCAAAGACUAUGUGUGGAAACUGGAGGUUGAUCAGUUCUUGCCACCAGUGAAGGUGGAUCAAAAUGAGGAGGAGGAUGACCUCUCUGAUACAGCUAGUGAUAUGGGGCUCAGUGAGGUCACCAUGAAUCACUAUGACCUCGGACUCCUCAUUACUGCUCUCCCUCACCUUGAGGAGCUUCAUCUGACUUACAAUGUGAAGGACUGUGGUAUGAACUUUGAGUGGAACCUCUUUAACUUCACCUACCAAGACUGCUGCAACCUUGCUAUUGCUGUGAGGAUGUGCCAUAGCCUGAAAGUUUUCAAGCUGACACGCAGCCAAGUGGAUGAUGACAAGACCAGGCUGCUGGUCCGUAACUUGCUGGAUCACCCCAGCCUGGUGGAGCUGAACCUGUCCCACAAUCUCAUUGGGGACAAGGGGGCACAAGCUAUUGGCAAGCUGAUCAACCACAGCAGAUUAGAAAUCCUCGAUCUGUGUAACAACCAGAUUGGUCACCUUGGGGCUCAGGCUCUUGCUCAAGCACUGGCUGAGAAUUCCACCCUGACCUCCCUGAACCUGCGCCUCAAUUGCUUGGAGGAUGAAGGCGGGGAAGCGAUUGGCCAUGCUCUGCUGACCAACACCACCCUGAAGUUCAUCCAUUUGGGAAGUAAUAACCUGUCAGAGCCAACUGCUACCCUUUUCUCCCAGGUCCUGUCUCAGAACAACACCCUGAUGAGCAUCAAUUUCACAUGCAACCACCUGGGGCUGGACGGUGGGAAGCAGCUGCUUGAAGGACUGGCAGAUAACAAGACUUUGACUGAGUUUGACCUCCGCCUGGCAGAAGUGGGCCAGGAGACAGAGUACCUCAUUCACCAAAUUGUGUGGGCCAACUGGGAAGCAGCAAGGCCAGAAUCUCUACAGCAUCCGCCCACAAACCCCCUCUGA